AUGGAGCCAGAGGUGGUGGUGGAGCAGUCUCAGGUGCCAAGGCUGGAGCCGGAGCUGCCCAAUGGUAUGGAGAAAGUCCAAGUGAGAGAGCUGGAGAGGAGCAAGUUGAACAUCGAAGAGCUGAACAGGAUCGAGGAUGAGGAUGUUCUGGAUAAGAUGCUGGAUCGGACAACGGACUUUGAGGAGCGACGACUGAUCCGAAAUGCCAUGCGGGAACUGCGCCAGCGCAAGCGAGACCAGCGGGAGAAGGAGCGGGAUCAGCGUCUGCAGGAGAUGAGGAGCCAGGCUACUGCAGGGAGGGCCGGCCAUGCCACAGAGACCACCACCACCACGCAGAGCACCCAGUCAGCUGAUGGCUCGGCACGCAGCACUGUCACCAAGACUGAGCGUCUCGUCCAGUCUAGCGAUGGCACCAAGACCUCCCACACCACAACCAUGGAGUCAAGUUACAUGAAGAGAUCGGACAAUGGCAACAGCACAUUUGUUCAAACCAAAUCAUCCUACAGCUCCUCUUCCAAGAAGACAGGCAGCAUCUUUGACCGUGAGGAUGAGAGUGCCUCCAGGCAGAGCAGCUUGGCUGCGCUGGAGCGGCGCCAGGCUGAGAAGAAGAAGGAGCUGAUGAAAGCUCAGAGCCUGCCCAAGACAUCGGCCUCACAGGCUCGCAAGGCCAUGAUGGAGAAGCUGCAGAAGGAGGGUGGGAGCUCACCAAACCCUGCAGCAGCACGCAGUGCCGUGCAGCGCUCCUCCAGCUUUGGCGUGCCCAACGCCAACAGCAUCAAGCAGAUGUUGCUGGACUGGUGCAGAGCCAAGACUCGGGGCUAUGAGCACGUGGACAUUCAGAACUUCUCAUCUAGCUGGAGUGACGGUAUGGCCUUCUGCGCCUUGGUCCACAACUUCUUCCCUGAGGCAUUUGACUACAGCCAGCUGACGCCCCAGAACCGCCGCCACAACUUUGAGGUGGCCUUCUCGUCUGCAGAGAAGCACGCGGACUGUCCGCAGUUGCUGGACGUGGAGGACAUGGUCCGGAUGCGCGAGCCAGAUUGGAAGACGCUGGUGGACUGCGUACCCUUGGUGGAGGUGGAAGACAUGAUGGUCAUGGGGAAGAAGCCGGACUCCAAGUGCGUCUUCACCUAUGUGCAGUCCCUUUACAACCACCUGCGUCGCCACGAGUUGCGCAUGCGGCAGAAAGAGUGCUAG